AUGAUUUACAGCCACGAUCUUCAAAGUCAUGUGGAAAAAUUACGUCUUGUUUUUGAUAGGUUUCGAGACUUCAAUUUAAAGCUACAACCAGACAAAUGCGAAUUCCUUCGACACGAAGUCACUUAUUUAGGUCAUGUAAUAACCGACAAAGGUGUCACACCUAACCCUGACAAGGUGAAGGCAGUAUCCGACUACCCUAUUCCCAAAAAUCCCAAGGAAAUUAAAUCAUUUCUAGGUCUAGUGGGUUACUACCGCCGAUUCAUAGAUAACUUCUCAAAAAUUACAAAACCCCUUACGUCAUUGUUAAAAAAAGAUGUUAAUUUUAAUUGGACACAAGAACAAACCCAAGCUUUUAAUUUGUUAAAGGAAAAACUAACUUCAGCUCCGUUACUUCAAUACCCCGAUUUUUCUCAACCAUUCAUUGUCACCACAGACGCCAGUAAUUAUGCUGUCGGCGCAAUAUUAUCGCAAGGCCCUAUCGGAAAAGACAAACCGAUCGCGUAUGCCUCAAGAACAUUAAAUAAACAGGAAGGCAAUUACUCAACAACAGAAAAAGAAUGUUUAGCUAUACUCUUCGCCGUAAAAACAUUCCGACCCUAUAUUUAUGGUAGUAAGUUUAAAAUAGUCACUGAUCACAGACCUUUAGUCUGGCUUUUUAAUGUCAAGGAUCCAGGAAGUGGAUUAAUUCGUUGGCGCCUCAAGUUAGAGGAAUAUGACUAUGAAAUUUUUUAUAAGCAAGGAAAACAAAAUUCAAACGCCGAUGCUCUUUCACGCAUACCCAUUCACGCCUUAAAUUCAAAUGUAGCCCUUAACAAACUCAAAUACGAAUCUUAUUUUAAAAAACAAUUUACUAGCUCCAUUUCUACAAAUACUGUAAUCGAAGAACAUCAAGAAGCGUUACACCUCUCUAAAUUAAAUAAUAUUGUCUGCCCCGUAUCCCUCGACUUUGAUGAAUCUAUUCCAUAUUGUAAAAAUAUUCUAUCUCAGCUACAAAAUCCUGAAGGUAUAAUAAACUCAGAACGAGAACCGUACACUAUCUCUUGUGUUAAGCAAAAUGAUAAAAUAUACUAUUUCUUAUAUACGAAAAUUCACCAUUUCGAAGAGUUAACAUACCGAAAUAUAUACAAUUUACUAAUGCAACUACGCGAUAAUAUAUUAACAGAAAAUAGUCAAAUCACUGAUUUAGCCAUUUCCGAUUUUGCUGACCCGUUCUCUAAACUAUCCUAUACGAAAAUAUACAACAUAAUUGCUUACAUAUUUCAUAAUACUAACAUUAAAAUUCAUAUAUACCGAAAUCAAAUUAUUUACCCUACUCCUGCCGAAGUUCCACAAAUUCUCAAAGAAAAUCACGACUCAACAAUUGCUGGUCACCCCGGAAUUAAAAGAAUGUUAAACCGUUUAAAGGAUCUAUAUUUUUGGAAAAACAUGCGUUCUGAUAUAGAAAGUUACGUGAAAAAUUGUAAAUUGUGUCAAGUAAAUAAACCACUGAGAUCAUGUAAUAAGGCUCCAAUGGUGAUAACCUCCACAAGUACAAAACCAUUUGAAAGAUUAGCUUUAGAUAUAGUCGGUCCGCUACCCGAAGCUGGCUUGCAAAACUUUAAAUUUAUAUUAACUCUACAAGAUGACCUAACCAAGUUUUUAUGUGUAUACCCAAUGAUAACUUCCAGCAGCGAUGAAGUAGCUCGUACACUAGUUCAUUUUAUCUCAUUAUUUGGAAUUCCUAAAACGAUAUUAACGGAUCUCGGCACAUGUUUCACAUCGGAAUUAUUUAAACAGAUAACUACCAGCAAUAACGACACGCACGUGAAUGAAUCUAUAUCAAAUGAUGAACAAGUAGCAAGUGAUUCUGGGUCAACUACACAACGUGCUUCAUUAUCCACACAACAAUCACUCAGUGAUUCUACUGGAAUUGGAAGCUUGCGCGAGAAUCAAAGAGCGACCGAGUACGAGUAUAAGCGCCACGCGUUCCCAGAGGAGAUGCUCGGCUUCCACAUUUUACUCGCUGGAUCGAAGCGUAUGGCACACACUGUAGGACAGCACAAUUUGUUUUCAUUGCACGCUUCAUUGGAACCGCAAACAGCUUCGCAGAUGUCCACAGUGGACAUGAGACAGGUUCACAUCUCACCACGUUCAAUGUCACUGCUGAAAAUAUGA